AAUUCUUUGUUUUUGCCACAAGUUGUUCUGUUCUUGAUGUGAUCUGUUGUAAAGUUAUGAUUUUUAUCAUUGUUGUUCUGGUUUUGUGUAUAUUAAGGAUGUAAAGAUGAUAAAGUUUUUUGCUUUAUAGCAUAAAGAUUGAUGUAUGUUACUGAUUUUGGGAAUUUGGAGUUAGGUGUGUGAAAUUAGGUCAAGAUUGAAGGAAAUGUCCACAAAGGUUGUUGAUGGAAGCGGAGCUGAAACCGGUCACAUCAUAUCUACGACAAUCGGCGGCAACAAUGGAGAACCAAAGCAGACGGUCAGUUACAUGGCAGAGCGCGUGGUAGGGGCUGGAUCGUUCGGUAUAGUUUUCCAGGCAAAAUGUCUAGAAACGGGAGAAACUGUGGCUAUAAAAAAGGUUUUGCAAGAUAAAAGAUACAAGAACCGUGAGUUGCAGUUAAUGCGAACAAUGGACCAUCCAAACGUGGUGUCGUUGAAGCAUUGUUUUUAUUCAACGACAAGCAAGGAUGAGCUUUUUCUGAACCUGGUGAUGGAAUACGUUCCCGAGACGAUUUUUAGAGUGUUAAAGCAUUAUAGCGAUUCACGCCAGAGGAUGCCUCUCAUUUACGUCAAACUUUACACAUAUCAAAUUUUUAGGGGGUUAGCGUACAUGCAUAUGGUUACUGGAGUAUGCCACAGGGACUUGAAGCCCCAGAACGUCUUGGUUGAUCCUGUUACUCAUCAAGUCAAGAUUUGUGACUUCGGAAGUGCAAAAAUGCUAGUGAGGGGAGAAGCAAAUAUAUCAUACAUUUGCUCCCGGUUUUAUCGUGCACCCGAACUCAUCUUUGGUGCCACAGAGUAUACAACCUCGAUUGAUAUAUGGUCGGCUGGUUGCAUUCUCGCUGAACUUCUUCUGGGACAGCCACUAUUUCCUGGAGAAAACGCAGUCGAUCAGCUUGUGGAAAUUAUUAAGGUCCUGGGCACACCGACUCGAGAAGAACUUCGCUGUAUGAAUCCGAACUACACUGAUUUUCGGUUUCCGCAAGUAAAGGCCCACCCUUGGCACAAGGUAUUUCAUAAGCGGAUGCCUCCGGAAGCAAUUGAUCUCGCUUCACGUCUCCUGCAGUACUCUCCAAGUCUUCGUUGCAAUGCUCUUGAAGCCAUUGCGCAUCCUUUCUUUGAUGAGAUUCGGCAACCUAAUGCUCGCUUAACAAACGGUCGACCGUUACCACCUCUAUUUGACUUCAAACAGGAGUUGUCGGCAGCGUCUCCGGAGCUUGUGAACAGGCUAAUUCCGGAUCAUGUGAAGAGGCAGAUUGGUCUACAAUUUGUACCUCCGGUUACUGGUGCCACCAUUACAUAAUAUACAUGUAUAGAGAUCUGCUGUGGGAUUCCAAUCGACGAAGCUGAUGAAGCGGUGGCAUCAUAUCUUCUUUCACGACCACAAGUACAGAGUACGGUUACCUUAUCAUCUCUCUCUCCCGCUCUCUCUCUAGCCUGGCCAAAAGGAGAGAGAAAGUAAGGCCAUUUUUAUUAUAGUAUGAAUAGCUACGAUCGGGCCCAAGUGUAGUAGUAAAAAGUAGAAGAAGAAGAAGAAAGACCGAGGCAGAAGAACCAAAGUUGAAGUUUUGGCUGUCUGACGGUGGGUUUUAUACUUUUUUCUUCCGUGUUUCUGAAAACAAACGAACGAACCGAUUAUGGAAGGAGAUGUUUCUUUUUACUUGUGUAAUUUGUUAUGUAGCUCUAUUGUGUUUUAACUUUGCUUGUGUAAAUGAUAACCUAUUUGACUUGUUUUUAAAACAUUUGCUUGCUUAUGGUCUU